CUCAGGGGUUCGCGAAGGCCUUACGCAACAAUCGGCGGCGGCGUCAGGCGACGCCGCCACCGCCACCUCCGCACGGCAACAUCCGGGGUUUCAGGGCCGCGGCCUAAGCUGCGCCCUAUGGCGCUCAGUAGGGAGCCGGCAGGUACAAAGCCGCCGACCGGUGCGUCGUGUUAGGGUGCCGGGGCUGCCCAAGGGAGACUCAGGCGGCAGUCCCUGGUAGGCCACGGGCUUCCUCCGGGCCAGCCGCGUACCUGAGCCUACCUUGCAGGGUUGUUGUGAGCAAUCACAUAGGUUGCUUCGAUAAAAAUUAAAUGCAAAGAGAUUGUUCUAGCCGAAGGGGUUAAGUGGCUGGGGGAGCCCAAGUCCCCAUCUGUCAUAAAGGACGCUUGAGACAAAAUCAUCAUUCGCCAUAGCCUGAAGGUUCUGGAAUAAAGUUGUUGAAGCCUUGGACUCUCCAGAAGAAAGGCGGGAUAUUAAUGCGUGGUUAAAUCAAGAGUAAUGUUGACACAUUUUACCGAUUUGACAUGGUGGGAUUUGUAGAGACAGUCGGUGGUCGGAAUUCCUUUGCUCAACAGACCAUUCUUUGCUAAUGUGUCCAGGUAGUUUCUCAGGAGCAAUUUCAGCAAGGGAUUUCAAAAAAACCCCACCACAUUAUAAAAUAAUGGAAUUGGAAAACAGAUCAGUAAUCCCUAAUGUACUGCUCAUUACAAGUAAUCUCGCAAGUCUGUUGUGAGAUCACAAGGAGCCUCGCCCCUUUAAGAUAAAGUGGCUGCUGGAAUUCUGCACACCCUAGAAUCAUGUGAUGUUACUUCCUGCUUUUGUUUGGUCAGAGAGGCCAUGGCUCGCUCCUUGCUGCUUGUGUUGCUGUUGGUUUGGACGGCAGGUGCUACGCUUCGCCUUGCCUCCUAUUAUGGCGAUCACAUGGUACUGCAGAAGCAACCAAGUCAGGCCGUCAUAUGGGGCUAUGGGGAUCCUGGCGCCAACAUAAUAGCAACUGUUUCUGGGAAUAGCAACGUUAUGGAAAAAAUGACAGACGUUAAAGGCUCUGGGAUCUGGAAAGUGCUCCUGAGUCCUAUGGGCCAAGGCGGCCCUUUCAAUAUACACAUACGGCAGUAUGGGAAGGGAAAUGUAUCAAAUGUGACGCUGACGGAUGUCUACUUUGGAGAUCUCUGGUUUUGUAGUGGACAAAGUAACAUGGAGAUGACAGUUUCUCAGAUAUUCAAUGCCAGUAAAGAGCUUGCAGAAGCUUCCCAUUACUCACUCGUGCGUGUGUUUUCAGCCGGUCUUGUGCAGUCCGAAGUGGAACUGCAGGACCUUGCCAGCGUCAGCUUGCCGUGGUCUAUUCCGACAGCCAAGAACCUUGGCCAUGGAGACUUCAGUUACUUCUCUGCUGUGUGCUGGCUCUUUGGCCGGUAUUUGUUCGAGAAGCUCAAGUAUCCCAUAGGACUGAUAGACUCCACCUGGGGAGGGACACCAAUAGAGGCCUGGUCUUCCAAGAGGGCACUGCGGGAAUGUGCAAUCUCAGGAUACUCUAAAAAGACUGCUUCCUCAUCCAUUGAUGCUGGCCCCAAAGGGUUAUCGGUGCUCUGGAACGCCAUGAUUCACCCUUUUCUCAACAUGACCCUCCAAGGUAUUAUUUGGUAUCAAGGUGAAGCGAACACCCUUAUAGACACCAGUCUGUACAACUGCACAUUUCCUGCACUCAUAGAAGACUGGCGGAAAGCCUUCCACGAAGGGUCUGAUUGGCAAACUCAGCGGUUUUUUCCCUUUGGCUUCGUCCAGUUAUCUGCAUAUUCCUCUGCGGAACACAAUGACAACUUUGCACGUAUCCGAUGGCACCAAACAGCAGACUAUGGCUUUGUCCCUAAUAAGAAAAUGCUCAAUACUUUCAUGGCUGUGACUAUCGAUCUUGGUGAUGAAAAAUCCCCCUAUGGAAGCAUCCAUCCUCGAGAUAAGCAGACAGUGGCCUCUCGGUUGCUCCGCGGUGCCUUGGCAUUAGCUUAUGGUGAUAAAAGCAUGGUUUUCCAAGGCCCAUACCCUGAGAGAGUGGUGGUGGAUGUAGCCCGCAAAAGUAUUAAUAUCUCCUAUAAAGAAGAUAUCCUGCUUCACCGCUUGACCAAUAACACGUUUGAGGUAUGCUGCUCUGGAAAGUCAUCGUGCAAUUGGAGUCCAGUAUCCAUUGCUACCAGCGCUUCCCACACAGUGAUUCUGCACAACCCAACAUGCCCAAAUAGCACAGUCGGCCUCCGCUAUGCAUGGAAUGAGUGGCCAUGUGACUACAAGCUAUGUCCCAUUUACAACAGACAAGGAUUGCCUGCCCCUCCGUUCAUCACAUAUUCGGAGAAGAACUCUGGUUGGAAUGUAUCGUGAGUGGGGUGACAGCAGAAAGAUGGG